AAUUCCAGAUUGGAUACAAUUUAUGCAAAAUCAUAAUUAUGCUCUAGAAAGAUUUAUAAAAGCAAAUGGUAGAUAUAUGCUUUAUGAUACAUCCAAACCACUCAAAGUUCUUACAAUUCAUUCAAAAUUACAAACAAAUAAGGAUUAUUCCUCCAAUCCAUAUUAUUAUGCUAUUACAAAAAAAGAAAAUAUAUCAACUUCUCCGUGGGUUCCUAUACUUCCUAGCUAUUAUAUAAUUGAAAAGUUUGGAGAUCAAUAUGUAUGUUUAGAAAUUCAAAUAGGUGCAGGACUUAUUGGUGGUAUCAAUAGGCAACAACUUCAAACUAUAUUUUCUAUGAUAGGCAUUAUAGCACAAUCAUCAAAAGGAUAUUACCAUAAUAAACAAAAUGAAUACUUGGAAAAUAUAAUUAAUAAAGUUGAAACAAGUGCAAAAAUUGCUUUGGCUAAAGCUAUUGCACAAAUUAAAACAAAAGAAUGUCUUGAAGGAUACAGUCAUAAACUUAUUAUUGCUUAUGCGAUUGCAGAAAAAUCACAAGCAGCUGAAGUACUUUUGGAUAUAGGAGUUGAUGGUGAUUUAAACUCAAACAAGACUUUAAAUAAUAUUCCAUAUGUGAACAAAGUAUAUGCAGAUUUAAAACAUAUCGGCAAAAAUAUCAGAGCAAAAAUCACAAGUGAACGAAAACUUGAUGAGAAUAAGAUUACCAUAUUGGAUGCUGAAUUAGAAAAAGUACAUAUUGACAGACUUGUCGCUCACCUUUCAGAUGAUCAUAGUUUAAUUAUUGUAAUAAGCCCAUUGGUAUCUCUAAUUGAUGACCAAGUGAUUGAAACAAUUGCUACUAGAAUUGGAUGCGCUAGCAUUUAUGCGAGAAAGUAUCAAUCUUCACAGUAUUUUGAAAAAGUCUUUUCUGAGAUCGCUAUUAGACUAAUCAAACUUUUAUAUAUAACUGCAGAAAGCUUUAUUUGCAAUAAAUCCUUUACCGCAAUGCUCCUAAAUUUUGCCAAAUAUGCACCUGUAUCUUUUGUAAUAGAUGAAGUACAUUGCAUUGUAGAAUGCAACCCAAUUAUGAUGCUUACAGGAACUUGUAAGAAAUCUGAUACCCAACUUACAAUGGAAGUACAUUCUAAAAGUAUAAAAGAAAAAACAAUUGGGAAAAUUAUCAAACUACUAAAGGAAUUAGAAGAAAGAAAAUGUAUUGUUUACUGCCUAACAGUACGAGCAUAUAAUGAUAUUUAUGAGCAACUUUACGGAAAAUCAGAUCUUAAAUUAAUGAUGGCUGUAUACUAUAGUUCUUUGGAUGGCGAAGAGAAAAAGAAGAAGUUGAAAUUAUGGAAAGAUAAUACAAUUCAGCUUAUAAUUGUAAUCAAUGCUUUUGGUAUGAGUCUUAAUGAUAAAAAAGUUCGAUUAGUGAUACACUAUGCUUUUUUAUUAAAUACAGAAACUGGAAGAGCAGAAAGAGAUCAUAAUCCUGCAAAGUCUGUAAUUUUUUAUAGCUGCCAUGAUAUUUGCAUUAACUAUAUAAUUAUAACGCAAGGUAGAGAAUUAGUAAUUGAAAACAUGAAUAAUAAUAGCUUUGAAGCAAAUAAAAGGCAAGCAUACCUGGCUAGAGCACGUGAAAAAAUAUUUGAAGUUAUUCAUUUCUGUGAAGAACAAUAUAUCUGUAAGGAAUAUAUGCUUGCAAAAUACUUUGCAUGA